AUGUCAGCGGAAGAUACCAAACCAACCACUACAGAGGAAUCAUCAACCCCCAAACCACCAACUUCAAAUGUAUUCUCAAUGUUUGGUGCCAAAAAAGAAAAAAAACCAGAAGAUGAAGUAGCCAAAAAGGAAGAUGAAUCCAAAGAUACAAAAAAAGAAGAAGAAUCUUCAACAAAAGAUAAAGAAAAUGAUGAUGAUGAUAAAGCCGAAGAAGAAGAAGCUGAUGUAGAAUUUACACCAGUUAUACAAUUAGAUAAAAAAGUAGAUGUUAAAACAAAUGAAGAAGAUGAAGAAGUUAUAUAUAAAGUUAGAGCUAAAUUAUUUAGAUUUCAUGGUGACUCCAAGGAAUGGAAAGAAAGAGGUACAGGAGAUGUCAAGUUUUUAAAACAUAAAACAACUGGUAAAACAAGAAUUUUAAUGAGAAGAGAUAAAACAUUAAAAAUUUGUGCAAAUCAUUUAAUUAAUUCUGAUUAUGAAUUAAAACCAAAUAUUGGAAGUGAUAGAUCUUGGGUUUAUAAUGUUACUGCUGAUGUUUCUGAAGGUGAACCUGAAGCUCAAACUUUAGCUAUAAGAUUUGGUAAUAAAGAAAAUGCUGAUUUGUUUAAAGAACAUUUCGAUGAAGCUAAAAAAGAUAAUGCUAAAAAGGAUUAA